CUGUGAUCUGUGACUUUUGGUAUUUGAAGAAUUCAUAGAUUUAUUUUUGAAUUUUUUAUGUACAAAUUUGGAAACGUAAAUUAAAACAAGAAUUUGAAGCGGCAAUUCGUUCUACUAGAUGAAAAAUAUUACGUCCUAAUGUAUGUGCUUUGUUGGGUUGUACAUCCACAAUUAUAAAAAGGUUGGAUGUCCAAAAGUUUAAAAUGUGAUUGGAUUGUUAGCUUGGGAUGGAAUAUCCUUUACAGAACUUUGAUGUAAGCGAUGAAACAGAUUUUUUGCUAGGGUCAGUUAGUUAUGGGAAUGAAAUGGACGUCCAUACGGCUAAAAACAAUCGAAAUCCGAAACGACAUCGAACAAUUGGACAAUUUCUCUGCAGUUGUUGGGGCACUCUGUUCCGGAAAUGCUGUGGCCCAAAAGAGCUGCGUUCCAGAACUAUAAAUCUAGGGAAACUGAUGCCAGGACAAUUUCCCGCUAAUGCUAUAAGAAACCAAAAGUACAAUAUUUUCACGUUCUUGCCCAAGGUCUUGUUUCAGCAAUUCAAAUUUUUCCUAAAUCUCUAUUUUCUUAUAAUGGCUACCAGUCAGUUUGUACCUGAUAUUCGUAUUGGAUAUCUUUACACUUAUUGGGGUCCUUUGUGUUUUGUGCUCCUGGUUACUCUUUGUCGAGAGGCAAUUGAUGAUUUAAGGAGACAUAAAAGAGAUCAAGAAGUCAAUAACCAAAAAUGCAAAAGACUACUAAAUGAUAGGAAUAAGCCAUAUGAAAUAGUGGCUGCACACAAGUUGAAGGUUGGUGAUUUAAUAAUAGUCGACAAAGAUGAAAGGGUGCCGGCUGAUUUGAUUUUGCUUCGUACCUCGGAAAGUAGCGGCUCUGUUUUUGUAAGAACUGAUCAGCUGGAUGGAGAGACGGACUGGAAGUUGAGGUUGGCUGUUCCGGCUACCCAAAAGUUGGCCCAAGACCAUCAGCUUUUCGAAAUAAGUGCUAGUAUUUACGCAGAGAAGCCUCAGAAGGAUAUUCACUCAUUUAUUGGAACAUUUAGUAGGCUUGAUUCAGUAAACAGUGACGAAAGCUUAGACCUAGCCAACACUCUCUGGACAAAUUGCGUCAUAGCAUCGGGCCAGGCAACUGGUGUUGUGAUUUAUACCGGACCAGAAACAAGAUCGGUUAUGAAUAAUUCGGCUCCUCGCUCCAAAGUCGGCCUCUUGGAUAUCGAAGUAAACACAAUCACAAAAUUACUAUUUGUUGCAGUUAUAGCGCUAGCAUUGCUUAUGAUGGUACUGAAAGGUUUCAGUGGUCCUUGGUACCGAUACCUUUUCAGGUUUAUUCUGUUGUUUUCGUAUAUCAUCCCUAUUAGUCUUCGAGUGAAUCUGGAUAUGGGCAAAUCAUUUUACUCAUGGGCUAUCGGUAAGGAUCCCGCAAUGAAGGGAACCGCGGUCCGCUGCACAACGAUUCCAGAAGAGCUGGGUAGAAUAUCUUAUUUGCUUUCGGACAAGACUGGCACACUUACCCAGAACUCGAUGGUUCUUAAAAGGCUGCAUUUGGGUACUGUCAGUUACGCAGCAGAUAGUUUUGAUGAGGUUAGUUCAUGCUUGAAGAUGAAUUUUGCAAAUGCCGAUGCUUCGAAUAAAAUCCCGGCCAAAUUCAGACGGUCAGAGACGACGAGAAUCAAAGACGCCGUCCAAGCUCUAGCUCUCUGUCAUAACGUGACGCCAGUGUACGAAAGUACCGACACUUCUGAUACCGGUUCUAUGGCAUCGGAAGCCGAGGCCGACCAACAUUUCCCAUCGUCCAACGUGGAGGUGGCUUAUCAAGCCUCCAGUCCCGACGAAGUGGCUUUGGUCCAGUGGACCCAGGAGGUGGGUCUCGCUCUGUUCCGCAGGGACCUCAAUUCGAUGCAACUGAAGGCACCCGAUGGUAGAAUAUUAAACUAUGCCAUUUUGAAAGUUUUCCCGUUUAGAAGCGAGACCAAACGGAUGGGCAUUAUUGUCAAGGACUUGCAAACCGGUGAAAUAUUUUUCUAUUUGAAAGGGGCGGACGUGGUAAUGUCUGCCAUAGUUCAGUACACUGAUUGGUUGGAGGAGGAGGUGGUAAAUAUGGCGAGGGACGGGCUGCGAACCUUGGUGGUGGCGAAAAAAAUUUUAACAGAGGAACAGUAUUUGGAUUUUGAGAAUCGGUACGAUGCGGCCGCUCUGUCAACUGUGGACAGAGCUUCGCGGGUGGCCCAAGUUGUGGAAUCUCUGGAAAGGGAAAUGGAAUUGUUGUGCAUAACGGGGGUGGAGGACAAAUUACAGGAUAACGUCCGGGCCACUCUGGAACUGCUAAGGAAUGCGGGCAUAAAGAUCUGGAUGUUAACCGGUGACAAACUUGAAACGGCUACGUGUAUAGCGAAAAGUUCUCGACUGGUGUCCAACACUCAAGGAUUACACAUAUUCAAAAAGGUCGUGACCCGUACCGAUGCACAUUUAGAAUUGAAUUCGUACAGAAGAAAGGAGGACUGCGCCCUCGUUAUAAGCGGGGAAAGUUUGGAAGUGUGCUUGUUUUAUUAUCAGCAGGAGUUCAUGGAAUUGGCGACGGCGGCGCCAGCGGUCGUCUGCUGCAGGUGUUCCCCUACCCAAAAGGCUCAAGUUGUUCAGUUAAUCCAACAGCAUACUGGCAAACGUACGGCAGCUGUUGGUGACGGCGGUAAUGACGUCAGCAUGAUUCAACAGGCCGACGCCGGCAUUGGUAUCGAGGGUAGGGAGGGCAAACAGGCCAGUUUGGCCGGCGAUUUUAGUAUUCCGCAAUUCUCCAUUUUGGCGAGGCUUCUGCUCGUACACGGCCGGAAAUCUUACAAAAGGUCGGCGUCGCUGUCUCAAUUCGUCAUUCACCGUGGACUGAUUAUAUCGACCAUGCAGGCUGUGUUUAGUAGUGUAUUUUAUUUAAGCUCUGUGGCGCUCUAUCAGGGAUUCCUUAUGGUGGGCUACGCCACCGUCUACACAAUGUUUCCGGUGUUCAGUUUGGUGUUGGAUCAGGACGUUAGUCCGGAAAUAGCGUUGACAUAUCCGGAAUUAUAUAAAGAAUUAGCGAAGGGGAGGAGCCUGUCCUACAAGACGUUUUUCAUUUGGGUCCUCGUCUCCAUUUAUCAAGGAGGCGUAAUAAUGUACGGAGCCCUGCUGCUGUUUGAGGACGAGUUUAUUCAUAUCGUCGCUAUUAGUUUUACCUCUUUAAUUUUGACAGAACUGAUAAUGGUGGCCCUGAACAUCCGCACCUGGCACUACCUUAUGAUCUUGGCGGAAUUGCUGUCAUUGGGUCUCUACGGCUUGUCCCUAAUAGUGAUGCACGAUUAUUUUGACGCGGAGUUUAUCAGAACUUACGAUUUCUUAUGGAAAGUAACGGUCAUCACAUUAAUAUCCUGCUUGCCGCUGUAUAUUUUGAAAUUCUUGCGGAAAAAGUUCUCGCCGCCGAGCUACACUAAGCUGUCGUAAGAAUUUUCUAACAAUGUGAUAUUUUAGUGACACACGAUGUAUUUAAGUGCAUGUGAUCAUUGUCGAUAUUUAACAAACUAAACGAAUAUUUUCGAUUUUAUUUUGCACCGGAUAUUAGGUUUCAUGUCAGAUGGGAUGUUUCGAAAUUUGAAAAUAAUUUUGGAUAACGCCGGCGGUAUAAGUCUUCCAGGUCUGUGGCAUUUUUCUAAAUCAGUGUUGUUGAUGUCUUUUGAGGGAGUCUAUUUCCAAAAAUUUCCGCCUGCACAUUUUAGAAAUCAGUAAGUACAUUCCGAAAUAAGUCGAUUUAACCUGACAUUGACAACGACAGGUUAUUAAAUGUUAAAAAAAAACAGGGAUUUGGUGGAACAUCUUAAUUAAAUUGACUUAUUUGGAUUGACCAAGCGUUGUACAGACUUUUUAGAGUCACCUUGUACAAUUGGAAUUAAAACUGGUUCAGAUGCAAGCUUUUGAGUUAUGGGGGGCAAAAUCCCAAAUCUGACGAGGAAGAUUAGUAGAUAAACACCACAAAAAUUGAUUACCAAAUCAUGCUAAAACAAUCUUUAUAUUGGAAACGCUUUUUAAAAAAAUAAUUUGUCCUUGUUUUCCUUAAUCCACAGAAUGAUGCAAUUUUCUAAGUAAUAAUAGACAAU